AUGGCUCCUCGCGGAGAUGGAUCAGAUGACAGGGAGAAAUCUGAGGUUGCUCAAUCGGAGAGUCGUCGACCCAUCUCCACAGUCGUCUUCGUCAUCGCUAUGCAAGCGGAGGCUCUACCUUUGGUCAACAAGUUCGGGCUCUCAGAAACUACUGAUUCGCCGCUUGGUAAAGGAUUGCCCUGGGUUCUGUAUUAUGGAGUGCAUAAAGAGCUUCAAAUCAAUGUAGUUUGCCCCGGAAGAGAUGCUGCUUUAGGGAUCGAUAGUGUUGGAACUGUUCCAGCUUCUCUCAUUACCUUUGCUUCUAUCCAAGCUCUUAAACCUGACAUUAUUAUCAAUGCCGGAACCUGCGGUGGCUUUAAGGUUAAAGGAGCCAACAUAGGCGAUGUGUUCCUUGUCUCUGAUGUUGUGUUCCAUGAUAGAAGAAUACCAAUCCCGAUGUUUGAUCUGUAUGGAGUUGGUCUUCGUGAGGCAUUCUCAACACCCAAUCUCCUCAAGGAACUCAAUUUGAAGAUUGGCAGGUUAUCUACUGGCGACUCGUUGGAUAUGUCCACGCAAGAUGAAUCAUUGAUCAUUGCCAAUGAUGCUACGCUAAAGGACAUGGAGGGUGCUGCUGUGGCGUACGUUGCUGAUCUAAUGAAAGUACCAGUCAUGUUCCUGAAAGCCGUGACCGAUCUGGUUGACGGAGAUAAACCGACUGCAGAGGAGUUCUUGCAGAAUUUGGCAGUUGUGACCUCUGCACUUGAGGAAACUGCCACCAAAGUGAUCAACUUCAUCAAUGCCAAAAACCUCUCAGACCUUUGA